CCGAGCCAGCGCGCACGGCGGCCCGGCAGGGCUCUUCCUCGCCGCCGACCCCGCGCGUCCGCGGCCCGCGAGCCACCAUGUCCGACCCCGCGGUCAACGCGCAGCUGGACGGGAUCAUCUCGGACUUCGAAGCCUUGAAACGGUCUUUUGAGGUCGAAGAGGUAGAGACGCCCAACUCUACGCCGCCCCGGAGGGUGCAACCACCCCUUCUGCGAGCCACGGUGGCCAGCUCCACCCAGAAGUUCCAGGACCUGGGGGUGAAGGGCACGGAGCCUGCCCGCCAUGUAGAUUCCCUCAGCCAGCGCUCCCCGAAGGCCGCCCUGCGGCGGGUCGAGCUUCCAGGGCCCAAGGGGGCCGAACCAGUGUCGCGGCGCACCGAGCUAUCCAUCGACAUCUCGUCCAAGCAGGUGGAGACCGCCAGCACCCCCGGGCCGGCCCGCUUCGGGCUCAAGCGGGCCGAGGCGCUGAGCCACAAGACGCCAGAGCCAGCGCCUCGGAGGACGGAGAUCACUCUAGUCAAGGCCCAGGAGGCAGCCCACCGGCGGAUGGAGCCUCCGGCCUCCAAGACCCCGGAGGUGCCCGCCGUCCCCACUGCCGACGCUGCCCCCAAGAGGGUGGAGAUCCAGGUGCCCAAGCCGGCAGAGGUGCCCACCGUCCCCAUGCCCCCCCAGAUCCUGGAGAAUUCAGAGCCCGGCCUGGGCUGUCAGAUGCAGAACCGCUUGGAGUCCAGACCCCAGCCUGCUGUGGCUGAGGCCCCGCCCCGGAGCCAGGAGGCCUCCGAGGCAGCUCCCGGUGGCACCGGCGACAUGGCGGACACCCCCAGGGACGCCGGGCUCAAGCAGGCCCCCGCACCACGGAACGAGAAGGCGUCGGUGGACUUCGGCUAUGUGGGCAUCGACUCCAUCCUAGAGCAGAUGAGGAGGAAAGCUAUGAAGCAGGGCUUUGAGUUCAACAUCAUGGUGGUCGGGCAGAGCGGUCUGGGGAAAUCCACCUUAAUCAACACCCUCUUCAAAUCCAAAAUCAGCCGGAAGUCAGUGCAGCCCACCUCAGAAGAGCGCAUCCCAAAAACGAUCGAGAUCAAGUCCAUCACACACGAUAUCGAGGAGAAGGGCGUCCGCAUGAAGCUGACGGUGAUCGACACCCCAGGGUUCGGGGACCACAUCAACAACGAGAACUGCUGGCAGCCCAUCAUGAAGUUCAUUAAUGACCAGUACGAGAAGUACCUGCAGGAGGAGAUCAACAUUAACCGGAAGAAGCGCAUCCCGGACACGCGCGUGCACUGCUGCCUCUACUUCAUCCCCGCCACCGGCCACGCCCUCAGGCCGCUGGACAUCGAGUUCAUGAAACGCCUGAGCAAGGUGGUCAACAUCGUCCCGGUCAUUGCCAAGGCCGACACGCUGACCCUGGAGGAAAGGGUCUACUUCAAGCAGCGGAUCACGGCAGACCUGCUGUCCAACGGCAUUGAUGUGUACCCCCAGAAAGAGUUCGAUGAGGACUCCGAGGACCGCCUGGUGAACGAGAAAUUCCGCGAGAUGAUCCCGUUUGCCGUGGUGGGCAGCGACCACGAGUACCAGGUCAACGGGAGGAGGAUCCUGGGAAGGAAGACCAAGUGGGGCACCAUCGAAGUGGAGAACACCACACACUGUGAGUUUGCAUACCUGCGCGACCUUCUCAUCAGGACGCACAUGCAGAACAUCAAAGACAUCACCAGCAGCAUCCACUUUGAAGCCUACCGGGUGAAACGCCUCAACGAGGGCACCGUCGCCAUGUCCAAUGGUGUGGAGGAGAAGCAGCCGGAAGCCCCGGACAUGUAGACGCCUGCCCCAGCCCCGACCCUGCCCCAAGUCUCCCGU